UCUACGUGAUGAUGACCCCCCAGGACGUGCUGCAGACGGGGACGCAGCGCAGCAUCGCCCCCCGCGGGCACCCCUACUCCCCGAAGGUGGACGGCACGCGGGUGCCGCGGGACGAGCGGCGUCGGGCGCAGCACAACGAGGUGGAACGGCGCAGGAGGGAUAAGAUCAACAACUGGAUCGUGCAGCUCUCCAAGAUCAUCCCCGACUGCAACGCCGACAACAGCAAGACGGGGGCGAGCAAAGGCGGGAUCCUGUCGAAGGCGUGCGAUUACGUGCGGGAGCUGCGGCAGAGCAACCAGCGCCUGCAGGAAACCUUCAAGGAGGCGGAGCGCCUGCAGAUGGACAACGACCUGCUGCGCCAACAGGUGCCUGGCCCCGCCCCCAGCGCGUAGCC